UCCACUACCCCUAAGACAUGGCUUUUUUAUGUGCCUGCUUAUACUUCCAAAAGAGUUUGGAUGGAAGCAACAAAUAAUGUUUGCUGGAAAACAAUCUCCGGAUCAAGUGGCUUUUAUUAAUAACAAACUUUUUUUCUUUUUACAAAAAAAAAGCCCUGGCGCCUUUGGCAGUUCAAAACUGGACAGCAUGGCCCGUUGGGCCAGUGGAGCCCGAGGAUCCAAUAAAAAUCCCACGCGACGCGAGCACGAAGAGCACCGAGCCGAGCUCCCAUCCGCAGAGGGACCCGCCGCGUAAAAGAUCACCCGCACGGCCGCACCGUCCCCAGAUCGCCGCGGCCCCGCCGCCGCUUCGCGUGGACUGCAAGCCGGCGUCCGGCGUCCGGCGACGGGCACGAGACGGACGCGCCAAGCGAGAAAGCCGGCCCUGCUCCUUUGCCGCCGCGGCGAAAUGCGGAAGGCCCGGGAAUGCCAUGGGUUGCCACGGGCGAGCUGAAUUUGAGUCGGCCUCUUCCCCCUCUUCGUUUAGCCGCGACUCCCCAUCAGGCUUGGAGGAGCUGUUGGUUUCAUCACCUGGCGAGGCGAAACAUUUUUGAAUCGUCGGUGACCUCAGGGGCUCAGGGUACCAUUUUGCUGGUGGCAGCUCAAGGCAGUUCACCUAGGAAUGCAGAAUCAUAUUGUGUUGCAAGAAAGGGCCAUCUAAGUUCAACAGAUAACUUCCCUUUCGCCCGAAUCAAUCUUGCUGGGCUUUGAUGAGGGCGUGGGGCUCAUGUCAUAUUUGACCGUAGCUUGGUGAUGGUGGUUAGUUUUUCUCUCCGUGUCACCAGCAAAUUGUAGGAGGGUGAGGGUGUGGAUUUUGUGCGGGUGCUUGCAUAAUGGAAGAGAGGAGUGUCUUAAUGGGACGAUAUGAAAUUGGGAGAUUGUUAGGACAAGGGACCUUUGCGAAAGUAUAUUAUUCCCGCAAUCUUGCUACUGGUCAGACUGUUGCCAUAAAAGUGAUAGACAAGGACAAGAUUGUGAAGACUGGUCUCAUGGAUCAGAUAAAGAGGGAGAUCUCGAUAAUGAGAUUGGUCAGGCAUCCAAACAUUCUGCAGCUUUUUGAGGUAAUGGCUACCAAGAACAAAAUCUAUUUUGUUCUCGAGUAUGCUAAAGGCGGUGAGCUUUUCAACAAAAUAGCAAAGGGGAAGCUCACAGAGGAGGCUGCAAGGAAGUAUUUUCAACAGUUGAUUGGUGCUGUGGACUAUUGCCACAGCCGAGGUGUUUAUCAUCGUGACUUGAAGCCUGAGAACCUGCUUCUGGAUGAGAAUGAAACCCUCAAGGUAUCCGAUUUUGGUUUAAGUGCCUUAGCGGAGUCAAAGAGACAAGAUGGCCUGCUCCACACUGCAUGUGGUACUCCGGCUUAUGUUGCUCCUGAAGUGCUCAGCAGGAAAGGUUACAACGGCGCACAGGCAGAUGUCUGGUCUUGUGGUGUGAUUCUGUUUGUGCUUGCGGCCAGUUAUCUCCCUUUCCAUGAAAGAAAUCUCAUAGAGAUGUAUAAGAAAAUUUCAAAAGCUCAGUACAGAUGCCCUCGUUCUUUUUCUGCGGAACUGAAGGAGCUCCUUUAUGGAAUCCUUAAUCCAGAUCCUAAUACUAGGAUGCCCAUCUCAAGGAUAAAGAGAAGUGCUUGGUACAGGAAACUUGGGUUGGCAGUGCUGAAAACUGAAAUUGUCAACAAGACUUGCACAGAAGCUACCACCUCUGGCUUGAUCGACUGCGUUGGUUCUGAGAGGAAUCAAGGAUCAUUGGCGCUGGCGAACUUGAAUGCAUUCGACAUCAUUUCCCUCUCCACAGGAUUUGAUCUCUCCCGUCUGUUUGAUGAAAAGUACAGCCAAAGGGGGGCACGAUUUACUUCCAACCAGUCAGCAGAAGCUAUCUUUGAGAAGCUGAAGGAGUUGGCCAGGAGUUUGAAGCUCAAAGUUACAAAGAAGGACGAUGGCGUGUUGAAAUUGGCCACAACCAAGGAAGGAAGGAAGGGUAUUCUUGAGCUCAAUGCGGAGAUAUUUGAGAUUGCUCCUUCUUUUGUAUUAGUCGAGUUGAAGAAGACCAAUGGUGACACAUUGGAGUACCAGAAGCUGAUGACAGAUGGCAUUAGGCCAUCACUUGAGGAUAUUGUGUGGGCAUGACAGGGUAAUCAGCUGCAGUCACGUAUACUUAGACAUGCAGGGCAGCAGAAACUGCCGCCAUUUCCACUACAGCAGCAAUAGACUCAGUACGUUCUCACCACUGCCACCAUCAUAUAAAAAGGCGAUAGCCAAGUUUGCUACUGUGUCUUGACAUAUUAAUAUGCUUUUUUAGACUAGUAUUAACCGCAAAACUUGCAAAGGUUUGCUCUGUUAGUGUAAAUGUGGGCCCUACGGUUACCCAUUUUUCUUCCUUUAUUCAUUUUCUUUAACACUGUAAAGCCUGCAUGAACAGAAGUGCUGUCUGGUAUUUUCAGAUAUGAACGCUGUGAAAGAAAAAAAAAGGCUAAUCAGAGCAAUAA